GUUAUUUCAUAUGCGUGUGCGGCCAUGAGAGGUGGAGAAGCUAUGCGGUUUGAAAGUGGAGUUACCGCUGUAAUAGCUUCCAGACGUCGAAGUUAGCUUUAGAGGAGAAGUCGCUGUUGUGUACAAUGUCCUUCGGUAUUCGUCCUUAGCGGUCAGUAUAAAUAAUGGUAACUGUUGUACCUGCCAUAAUUUUGCACGAUGGUAUCAGAAUUUGUGGAUGGAUGGAGUAUCGCCCAAACAUUAGGAGAAGGUGCCUAUGGCGAGGUGAAGCUUCUGGUGAACCAAAGCACAGGCGAGGCAGUUGCUAUGAAAGUAGUGGAUGUUGAUAAGCACCCAGAUGCAAGAUCAAACAUAAAAAAAGAAAUUUGCAUACAUCGAAUGAUGUCUGAUCCACACAUCAUUAGAUUUUUUGGACAGCGUCGAGAGGGAAAUCUGGAAUACCUGUUCCUUGAGUAUGCUGCUGGAGGGGAGCUCUUUGACAGGAUUGAACCAGACCACGGAAUGAAUGCUUGGGAAGCACAGAAAUAUUUCAAGCAGCUAAUAGCAGGUGUGGAAUAUCUCCACAGCCGUGGAGUGACACAUCGAGACCUAAAGCCAGAGAAUCUGCUGCUGGAUGAACAUGAUAAUUUAAAAAUAUCUGAUUUUGGAAUGGCUACAGUGUACAGGAUGCAGGGCAAGGAACGCUGUUUGGAGAAACGCUGUGGUACCUUACCCUAUGUUGCUCCAGAGGUGAUGGUGAGACCUUACCAUGCUGAACCUGCUGAUAUCUGGUCCUGUGGCAUCAUUUUAGUUGCAAUGCUUGCAGGAGAACUACCUUGGGAUCAACCUACUGCAGAUUGUGUGGAGUACAUGGCAUGGAAGGAUGGCAAAUGGGCACCUCUCACUCCCUGGGUGAAACUUGACAAUAUGGCCCUUUCACUGGUACGCCGUAUUCUCGUACCGAUGCCCUCAGGUCGCUAUACGUUAAAGCAGAUUGUCUCUCAUCGUUGGUGCCAGAAGAACUUCAUGAAGAUGCCAGAAUCGUACCAUUCAAAUGAGGCAACCCCAAAUGCGACCAGCAAGAGGAUUUGCUCAGGUGGAGAUUUGUCACCACUGAAUGGAACCUGUGAUAUAUCUGGAGCAGCACGCUUGUGCCACUCACAGCCAGAGCCAAGACUUGAGCGAGAAUGCCCUGAUCAAGGACCACUUGUGCAACAUGAUAUUCCAUUUUCCUUUUCACAGCCAGCACAUUUGGAAGAUCUGUUGCUUAGUUCACAACUGAAUCCUACCCAAUCAUCUGGCACACAGAACCCCUUCCAGAAGUUGGUGAGGCGUAUGACACGCUUUUUUGUUACAACAAACUGUGAAGAUAGUCUGCGUCGAUUAUGUGAUUUGUUGGAUAAAAUUGGUUUUUCAUGGAAGAUUGCAACAACAAGAGUGGUGACCAUAACAACUGUUGACAAGAGAAAGAUGCAGCUUGUUUUCAAAGCAAAUGUGAUGGUGAUGGACGGUAAUACACUUUUGGAUUUCAGGCUUUCAAAAGGUUGUGGCCUAGAGUUCAAGAAAACUUUCAUUAAGUUGAAAGAAUGCCUUGAGGAUAUAAUUAUUAAGGGGCCCGUUAUGUGGCCAAUUGCAAUUGCUACAAACACAGUUCCUUAAAGUGUGAUGUGUGUAUGUAAACUGUUCCCCCUCUUGUAUCCAAGUGGGAAAAGUAAGUUAUUUGUAAAUGUCAGCCAUCUGCAGGUUUUUAGAAACUGUGAUAAUUUUUGCAAAUUGUAUAACUGCACAGUGCAUGUGAUUUCUGAAUUUUAUAAAAUAUAUAAUUUUUUGUACAGUAUUGUCAGAAUAUUUUAAGCUUUGCUUACUGCAAUUUUGUUAACCAGUGACAUUUUCUGUAAAAACUUUGUAGAAUUAAAGACUGAAUGUUAUUUUUGUAAUCACAAUUUUGUAAUAAAGUUUUAAUACAAUUUU